CUUCACCUCCCUCUUCCCUGCAACUCUCCUUGUAUUCUUUUCAUAGUGAUAGUUUAUUGCCUUUUCUUCUCGUCCUAACUCCUGCUUGAUUAAAGCCACUCUUUCCAUCAAGAUUCUCUGUAAACAUAAUUUAAAAUGUUUUCGAUUCUUGGGAGAGAAAUGAUGCGAUUUAGGUUUGUAUGGUAGGACUGCAGAACAAUCGGAUCAGGCAUUUCCAAUUUCUUUCCCAGUUAAAGUAAUCUGCUCAAAUUUGUGAGAUUCAAUCAUAGAUUACAUAUAGGUCUCCAAGUGCAGAACAACGCUCUUGCAAAGAAAAAAAGAUGGGGAAAGGAGAGGCCGAAGCAUGUGUUUCGGUUAUUUUCUUAUUGUUUAUCGGCUUUACAGGAGCAGCAAAUGGAGAUGAAGUUGAACUCCUUUUAUCAUUCAAAAGCUGUAUCAACGAUCCGUUUAGGUUUCUCUCUAGAUGGAACUCCUCUGUUGCUUUAUGCGACUGGUACGGGAUUACCUGCUUAAACUCCUCUCACGUUUCCGGAAUUGAACUCUCCGGAAAGAACAUCUCCGGCGAACUCUCUCCCUAUCUUUUCCGUCUACCGUUUAUCGAAAGUAUCAAUCUCUCCAACAAUGAGUUCUUCGGAGAACUUCCUAAUGAAACAUUUUCCUGUUUGUCCCUUCGCUAUCUUAAUCUCAGCAGCAAUAACUUCACUGGUUCAAUGCCUCGUGGUUCAACCUCCGGCCUUGAGACUUUGGAUUUAUCUAACAACAUUAUCUCUGGUGAAAUUUCGGUUGACAUCGGAUUAUUUACCGGCCUUAAAGUUGUUGAUAUCGGAGGGAAUGUCUUAACAGGAAAAAUUCCAACUUCGAUUUCAAACCUCCAAAAGUUAGAGUACUUGACAUUAGCAUCAAACAGGUUAGUUGGUGAAGCUCCGAGGGAACUGGGCCAAAUGAGGAGUUUGAAGUGGAUUUACUUGGGAUACAACAAUCUUUCGGGUGAGAUACCGAAAGAAAUUGGUGACUUAACUUCUUUGAAUCAUCUUGAUCUUGUCUACAAUAAUCUCACAGGAAAAAUCCCGUCUUCACUAGGGAAUCUCAGUGAUCUUCGGUACCUUUUCCUUUAUCAAAACAAUCUUACCGGCUCGAUUCCUCCAUCUAUAUUUAAUCUCAGAAAGCUUGUUUCUCUCGAUUUAAGCGACAAUUCUCUCACUGGACCCAUUCCUGAACUUGUAAUUCAGCUACAAAACUUGGAAAUUCUUCAUCUCUUCGCCAAUAAUUUUACUGGAACAAUUCCAGAGGCCAUUGCUUCUCUGCCUCGUCUCCAAGUUCUUCAGCUCUGGUCCAACGGGUUAUCAGGAAAGAUUCCCCAAAACCUCGGAAAACAAAACAAUCUGACUAUCGUAGAUCUUUCGACGAAUAAACUCACAGGGAAAAUUCCAGACAGUUUAUGCAAUUCUGGACGACUCUUUAAGCUCAUCCUCUUCUCCAACUUCCUUGAAGGCGGAAUACCAAAGAGCUUAAGCUACUGCAGAAGCUUACAGCGAGUUCGUCUGCAGAACAACCGAUUCUCCGGUGAAUUGCCGCCAGAGUUUACGAAAUUGCCACUUGUUUACUAUCUCGAUGUAUCAGGCAACAAUCUUUCUGGCAGGAUCGAUGGGAGGAGGUGGGAUAUGCCUUCACUUCAGAUGCUGAAUUUAGCGAGAAACAGAUUUGACGGAAACUUGCCGCAGUCCUUUGGUAGUGAGAAGCUUGAGAACCUUGACCUGUCUAAAAACCGCUUUUUAGGUACAAUACCGCCGAGCUACGGAAACCUAUCGGACCUAAUGCAGUUGAAGCUAAGUGAAAACCAGAUUACCGGUUCCAUCCCAGACGAGUUGUCUGCAUGCAAAAAGUUGGUGUAUUUGGACCUCAGCCAAAAUCAACUAACCGGUCGUAUUCCGGCUAGUCUCGCGGAAAUGCCGGUUCUCGCUGAACUCAACUUGUCGGAAAACCAGCUAUAUGGCAAAAUACCGGAGAAUUUGGGAAAUGUGGAAUCACUUGUUCAAGUAAACGUCUCUCACAACCAUUUGUACGGUAGUUUACCUUCGACAGGAGCAUUCCUCGCUAUCAACUCGAGCGCCGUCCUCGGCAAUAAUCUUUGUGGUGGUGAUAUUGUAAGUGGUUUGCCGCCAUGCGAAACCAUAAAAUGGCAUGUUUGGUGGUUCCUCGUCACUACUCUUCUGGUCGUCCUAGUUGUUUUGGUUCUUUUGCUGUCCGUCGUGGUCUUGCUUCGACGUCGAAAUGAAAAUCUACAGCUCGAAAAGGUCGACGGCGAAUACAGUAAUGGUAUCUGGGAUUUGCAGAUAUUUGAUUCUAGAGCUUCGAGGUCAGUCACCAUAGACGAUGUCUUGUCGUCGACAAAAGAAGAGAACGUCAUAUCGAGGGGGAGUACCGGCACACUGUAUAUCGGGAAAUCUGCUGCAGACGAUGUGCAGUUUGUCGUAAAAGAGAUGGAUGGCGAUCACUCCCCUUCGUCGAAUUUAUGGAUGCAAAAUGUGGAAUUAGGAAGACUCCGACAUCCAAACGUGAUUAAAAUGAUCGGGAUAUGUAGGUCGGAAAAGGGUGGAAUUGGAUUUAUCAUUUUUGAGUUCAUUGAAGGGAAAACCUUGAGAGAUAUUUUAAGUGGUUUAAGUUGGGAAUGUCGCCGGAAAAUAGUCAUUCGGAUAAUGAAGACUCUUCAGUUUCUACAUUACCGAUGCUCUCCGAGUGUUCUGGUAGGAAAUCUGUCGCCAGAGGAAGUGAUCAUCGACGGAAAAGAGGAGCCUCGUCUCCGUCUAAGUCUUCCAGGGUUCGUCCUCGUGGGUGACAAUCUCAAAGGUUUCCUCACUUCAGGCUACGUAGCACCAGAAACACGGGAGAAGAUGGAUAUCAACGAGAAGAGCGACGUAUACAGCUUUGGAGUCCUCUUGAUCGAAUUCCUGACAGGAAAGAGCUCGAGCUCGAUCGACGCGGAGGUGGGUCUGCAUCUGCAAGAGGGCACCGUGGAGUGGGCCCGUUACUGCUACUCAGAAUGCCAUCUGGACACGUGGGUCGAUCCUGCAAUCAAGGAGUACGCAUCGAAUCAUCGGAACGAGAUCGUGGAAACAAUGUACGUAGCUCUGCGGUGCACCGCGAGGGACCCCUUAGCGAGACCAAGCACCAGCCACGGAUUGAAAAUGCUAGAAUCUGCCAUCAGAGCCUGUUCCUGUGUUUCAGUGCCCAAAUUUUCUGCCACUAUGUGAUAAUCUUGGAUACAUAUAAUUUCAUGUUCUUUUACGGUUUUACUUGUGCUUUAUAAAUAUAAAGAUGUUAAAUGAGUGUUGCUCAA